GGUAGAAGGAUCGGUGGCAGUCGCGCGCCGGCCGCUGCCUCGAUAGGGUGUUUGUGUUUACGUCGUCGCGAUGAAAAUUUGGCCGCCAUAGAGGUUAUGUUUACGCGUGUCGCGGUAACCAAAUCGACGACGCAUGCCCUUCUGCGUCCACCUUUUCGAAAAUCCUUCACCGAUCGCCACGUGCCUGUCGAGAAAUCCAUUGACUUCCUACGACAUCGCGUCCCUCGGUGCACGGAGCAUCUUAACAACUCUUGAUAUAUCCAGACUUUCGUAAAUGCGCAGGAGCGUGGUGUGUGCCGGCCCUCGGACGUGAUUUGGUGCGGUGGUGUGCGUGUAAAGGGCCAACGAGUGAGGCCGCAACGGUGAGCAUUCGAGAUGAGCUAUGAAUUUAGGCUGCCUGGUAGCCAUCGUCUUCGUGCAUCAGCUGCUGUCCGACGCCACAGCGCUACCCUCAGUCGUCAAGAUUGGUGCUAUAUUCACUCAUGACCAAAAGGAUAGCAGUACGGAAUUGGCCUUCAAGUAUGCCGUGUACAAGAUCAACAAGGAGAGACUCAUACUGCCGAAAACGACGCUGGAAUACGACAUACAAUACGUGCCAAAAGAUGACUCGUUUCACGCGUCGAAGAAGGCGUGUCAACAGGUCAAAUAUGGCGUGCAGGCGGUAUUUGGGCCAUCGGAUCCCAUUCUGGGCCAACACAUUCACAGCAUCUGCGACGCACUGGAUAUUCCACAUUUGGAAGCCAGGCUGGACCUGGACACGGAGGCGAAAGAGUUCAGCAUCAACCUCUAUCCCGCACAAAGUUUGCUCAACGCCGCUUAUCAGGAUAUCAUGGAGUUUCUCAACUGGACCAAGGUCGCCAUUAUCUACGAGGACGAUUAUGGAUUGGUGAAGCUGCGAGAACUGGUCAGGUCGCCGAAGUCUCAGGAGAUGGAAGUUAACCUCAGGCAGGCAGAUCCAGAUUCCUACAGGCAGGUUCUAUCCGAGAUGAAAAGCAAGGAAAUACGGAAUCUCAUCGUGGAUACGAGGCCAGAACAUAUGCAUCAUUUUCUACGAAUGAUACUGCAACUGCAAAUGAACGACUACAAGUACCACUAUCUCUUCACAACUUUCGAUAUCGAGACCUUCGACCUCGAGGACUUCAAGUACAAUUUCGUCAAUAUCACUGCCUUCCGUCUGGUCGACGCGGAGGACGUCGGUGUGCGGGGUAUCCUGAGGGACAUGGAGCGAUAUCAGCCGUCCGGGAAUACGAUUCUCAACAAAUCGAGAGUUAUACAGGCGGAGCCAGCGCUCAUGUACGACAGCGUGCAGGUGUUCGCCAUUGGAUUGAGGACCCUGGAACAAUCGCACGCGCUCAGGCCUGCCAACAUCUCCUGCGAGAUGGAACACCCGUGGGAUGGAGGUUUGUCCCUCAUAAACUACAUCAACUCGGUCGAGAUGAAGGGUAUUUCUGGCCCUAUCGAGUUCAAAGAAGGGCGGAGAAUUCAGUUUAAAUUGGACCUUUUGAAGCUGAAGCAACAUUCGCUUGUUAAGGUCGGUGAAUGGCGUCCAGGCAUCGGUGUGAACGUGACCGAUACCGCGGCCUUCUUCGAGCCAGGAGCAGCGAAUGUCACCCUCCUCGUCAUCACUAUAUUGGAAAUUCCGUACGUGAUGAUGCACUACGAAAAAAACUACACGGGGAACGCGCGGUUUUACGGUUUUUGCGUCGACCUACUGGAGGCGGUGGCGAGGGAGGUCGGCUUCUCAUACAGAUUGGAGCUGGUACCGGACAGGAAGUACGGCGCGAAAGACCCGGAAACCGGGGAAUGGAACGGCAUCGUCAGAGAGCUCAUGCGACAUAAAGCAGAUUUGGCUGUUGGCUCAAUGACCAUUAAUUACGCUCGUGAAAGCGUGAUCGACUUCACAAAACCGUUCAUGAAUCUUGGCAUCUCGAUACUUUUCAAGGUACCUACCAGCCACCCAGCACGAUUGUUCUCUUUCAUGAACCCUCUCGCCAUUCAAAUCUGGCUAUACGUGCUCGCCGCGUACGUCCUUGUCUCGGUGAUGAUGUUCGUGGUCGCGAGGAUCAGCCCCUACGAAUGGAAUAACCCUCAUCCCUGUCACGCAGGCUCAGAAAUGGUCGAGAAUCAAUUCUCGUUGGCCAACAGCUUUUGGUUCACCAUUGGAACCCUGAUGCAACAAGGUAGCGAUUUGAAUCCCAAGGCAACGAGCACGCGAAUCGUGGGUGGCAUAUGGUGGUUUUUCACUUUGAUCAUCAUAUCCUCGUACACGGCCAACCUGGCGGCAUUUCUUACUGUGGAAAGGAUGAUAACUCCUAUCGAAAAUGCAGAGGAUCUUGCCAGUCAGACAGACAUUGCGUAUGGCACCCUGGAUAGCGGAAGUACCAUGACCUUUUUCAGGGAUUCGAUGAUCGAGACGUACAAGAAGAUGUGGCGAUUCAUGGAGAAUAAGAAGCCAUCAGUAUUCGUGCCCACUUACGAGGAGGGAAUCCAGAGGGUUCUUCAAGGUGAUUACGCUUUCUUAAUGGAAUCCACCAUGCUGGAUUACAUCGUGCAAAGGGAUUGCAAUCUAACGCAAAUCGGUGGACUUCUGGAUAGCAAAGGAUACGGGAUUGCCACGCCUAUGGGUUCUCCUUGGCGUGAUAAAAUAUCUCUGGCGAUUCUAGAACUCCAAGAGAAGGGAGAGAUCCAGAUGUUGUAUGACAAAUGGUGGAAGAGUCCCGGUGACACUUGCAUGAGAACGGAGAAAGGGAAGGAGAGCAAAGCGAAUUCCUUGGGGGUAGACAAUAUAGGCGGAGUAUUCGUUGUACUGCUGUGCGGACUGGCGUUCGCCGUGGUGAUCGCAAUUUUCGAGUUCUGCUACAAUACCAGAAGGCCAGCGCCGGAACAGAGAGCUCCAGUAUCGAUACCAAUCUGUUCGGAUUCUCUGCAAGGAAUCUCGCAAUCCGUGCAACAACAGACGCAGCAACAGUCGCAACAGCAACAACAGCAACCGAAUCAGCAGCAGGAGUCUCUGUGCUCGGAGAUGGCGCGAGAACUGUGCCGCGCGUUGCGAUGCCACGCAUCCUCGAGACGGCGACGCACCUGCGAGAAAUGCUCGACCCAUGUGCUCGGCUAUCCGCCGGACAAUCCCACUGCCACCCCCUUGAAUGGGAUGAGAUCGCAAAGAAGCAGCCUGGGUGUUCCCACAGUCGAACUGCCGCCACACGUCCACAUGCAUCAUCACGCGCCACCACCACACGAUUACGAUGGAACUUAACUCAUGAAUCUCGUCGCACCAUUGCGAUCGCUUCUUAAGGCCUGACAAGCAACAAAAAAUGAACUGGAUAAAAGGGGAAAAAGUACAACAACCGAGGAAUAAAAUCUCUUUUUUUUUUUUGAACAAGAAGAAUUGAAAGAAAAGUGAACAAGAAUCAGAAAGAUCGACAAGAAAGUACAAAAACGCAUCAAGUGGCAGCGAACGGAUCAGAUCGACCAGAGAGAUUCGUCCUUUUCAUUUUUUUUCUAGAGAACGAAGUAGUAAUUAUCCCGCCGCGGGUAUCACGUCGAUAAUCACCAAAAGAGAACGAACAAUUUGCACAAUUUCUGAUACCGAAGGCCCCGUCGUUGUUCCGCGUCGGAACACGAGCGGAGGAAAAUGGUUCUCGUAUUGUUAUAUCCACUCCCUUUUCUCACCGAAAUCUCACCGAAAAAAACAAAGAAAGAAAAAAAAUGGACUCGUUUCACUUUCUAGAAGCUGCACCGAAAACGAUUGUUCGCACAUUGUUUGAUAAUAAAAUCGCGGAGCGGAGGGAUCGAUUGUGGAGAAUAAAGAAACGAACAGAUAUCAGAGGGAAGAUAAAAGUUGAAAAUAAUUUUUCAAGAAUUCUCGACAAGCUAUCUAUCCUUUUUUUUUUCUUUAGUCGAAGUGUCCUAUCUAACAAGUUUGUUUCCCCGAUUUAUUGUCAUACAGGUGUAUGGAAAUUUUUUAAUUUGUAAAUCAAGUUGAAAAGAUUGCGUGCGUGAUUUUUCCCUGUAACAAGAAUGUUACGAGAUACGAUGAAAACAUUGAAUUUUAUAUUUCGAAAUAUUAGAUAGGAAAUUUUAACUAAGAUGGAUAGCUUUUAGAGCGGGCAUUUAAUUUACAUGUAGUAGCUACAAAAAAUAUUUAUCGCAUCAUUAUAUUUAUAUACCAAUUAAACAAAUCUAAAUAUAUAUAUAUAUAUAUGUGUGUAUGUGUGUAUACAUAUGUAUAUAUAUUCUCUUCGUUUAACAGUUUAUUAUUGAAAAAUAGAAAUAUGCGCGAAUAUUUUUUCUAGCCACUAUACGUAUAACGUAAAACACGAUUAAAUUUCGAUCGAUCCCUGAAAAAUCACUUGAUGAUGGAGCCUGAUGUACACCAUUUUCAAAUUUUUCUAACCACUUUGUACAAACCAAGAUGAGUAGGAAUCUAAGUAGAAAUCGAAUCGAGAUAAAUAAAAUAAUCGUAUUUUUUAAUUAGAAUAUUUCUCCUUCGAGGAAAUGUCGAGUUGAGAAAAAAAUGCGAAACUUGAACUUUCCUUCUAUUCGCGGCCAAGAUAAGUUAGCGUAUCUUAGAUUUCAGGCACGAUUCGAUGCUUCCUAUAUAUUUCACGCGAUAGAACGACGCGCGAUCGAUCGUAGAAAUCGGAACGAUCACGAAAAGGCAGUGAAACGUCGAUAUCAGAUCGUUCUUUUCGCCUUUUUUUGCGAGAACGAACCGCACCGUAAAACGUAAAUGAAUUUCUUGCAUACUUAACAUAUACACACACAUAUAUACACACACACACACGUACAUACACAGAUACAGAUCCGUGUAAAUACCGCGGCGGCACGCGCGAAAAUAGACGAUCCCAUUUGCGAGUAUUUUAAAAAAAAUAGAGGAGGCAAGGGAGUAAUUGUUUAGCGUUAAAGGAAAACAAAAAAAAAAGUACAACUAAGUAGACGUUUGGUGUCAUUUCACGUGUGUAUAUGCAGAUAGACGGCGAAUAAAUGUAAAGAUAAGAUGAUGGACACGGAAUGAUCCUUUUUCUUCAAACCUUUCCUCGUUUUGGGAUUUUUUGACUUUUUAAUUUUGUUUAAUAUUUUUGUUAGAUUGAUAUUGAUAUAUAGUAAUAAUAACAAUAGGUUGAAAACGAAUAGAAUUAUCAUUGCGAAUAUACAGGAUUACAAACGUCAUUUUACGUAUUCAUUUUAAAAUACAAUAAUAAAUUUAUAAUAUAAAAUUAGGAAGAAAUAUAAUUGAUAUUGUGAGAUUAAUAAUAUUAUUAUUCGUGAAAUUUUCUCGUAUUCAACAAACAUAAUUACGCAUAGUUUUUAAAGAGUAAUUAACUAUAUAUAUAUGUAUAUAUUUGCUCGUUAAACUUUUUUUUUAUUUUUUCUUUUGUUAUAUGUGUAAAAUUAAUAUAAUCAAAGUGUUUUUUUUUAAUGACAAUGACGAACGUGUUAGAGAGAAAUUAAAACUAAAAAUUUUACAAAAACUAUAUUUUGGACAUUAAAUUUAAAAGAUAAUUUAAUUCACACAAAUCUAAUUUCUUCGUUCCAUCCCGAUGAACAUCAUAAGUGAAUAAAAAUUUGAUUGAUCAUAUACACUUUCUCUUUUUUUUUCUUUUUUUUUCUUUUUUUUUUUUUUUGUUUUUUAUAUAACAUCAUUUAUUAAGGGAUAAAAUAAAUGACAAAUAACAUAUCACUUAUAUGAAACUAUAACAUUUCUUAGUGUUCAUCAUUCGUUAUGAUAUAAAAGAAAUCACAUCACAUACGACCCUCCACAUACUUAACACUUUCACAGCUAGUUGUCAGCUCGAUUCAUCUCUCAUCCCUCCUUUUUUCCUUCUCUUCGAAAUUUUUGAAAUCUUUUCAAUCAAAACAUCAAAUAGAUCAUAUUACAAUGAACGAAAGCUAAAGAAAUCUCUUUUUGUUUGCUCUCUUUGUUCUCGAAAUAAUUCCAUCGUGAGCCUCGAAGCGAGGAUUUUAGGCGACUCACGCCACGGUCUAUGAUAAGAUUAGGCGUCGACCGCGUCGCUUAAUCGAAUCAACGUGACUGUGAUGUUACAGGCGGAGUCGCACGAUUGGAAUUCUCGCGAGUUCUUCUUUGGGGAUUUGAGGAAGAAAUCUUUAUAUUGGAGCGAGCUAUAAAAGAAGAUAAGAAGAAGAAAAGAAAUAUAUAUAUAUAUAUAUAAAUGAAAUAUCGAAAAUAGGAGUUCCGGCAGAUUCGAGCGGAUUCGAGCUGACACAAGCAUGCCUACAACUUCUCUCGACACGAUACAAUAAUAAUAAUAUAACCGACUGAAUCCAUUUGGAAGGGUCUAGUCAAAUCACUUGUAAUUAUCACACGAUCAUACUCGACACGGUGGCAUGUAAAUGUUGUUCCAUUAUUUUUCUUUUUUUUUCAUAUUUUUUUUAUUUAUUUAUUUUUUUUUUUAUUUUCUUUUUAUACGGUUUUCACCUUUUUCUAUUGUAAUAUGCAUGUUUAUUUUAUUUUUAUUAUUACUUUUUUUUUGUGACUUUCGGAGGUGGCUCGAGCUCGCAAUGCGAACAUGCGAUUUGAUGAACGGAUAGAUUUUCCCGAAAAAUACACGUUCUCUCUAUAUAAGAUGUGUGUAAGUGUGUUUGAGUGUGUGAGCCUGUCGAUCUAUCGUCGAAAUUUUAAGAAAAAAAAAAAGGAAAAAAGAGAAUGAAACGAAGUAGAAUAAUUAUUAUUAUUAAAAUUAAUUAUUAAAUAAUUAAGAAGAAAGCAAAGAAGCGAUACACGUAUAACGCGUGUUAUGUAUGUAUGUGGUGUUGUAUCUAAUCUUGCGUAUAGGACAAAUGCCUCGCUCUUACUUUUCCAUCGAAUACUCUCCGAGUCUUUAUUUUUUUUUUUUUUUUCAUUUUUCCCUUUUCCUCGUCCACCUCCACAAUUUUUUUAUUUUAUCAUUCUUUGCGCUGUUGUUUUUUUUUCCCUUUUUAAAUCGAGGCUUCUCAAACUUUUGAACCCCAUUCUUGUGACACGAUCCUCUCGCCGUUUCUUAUUUUAAAAUAAAACGCGUAAAACCGGAAAACCGGAAACUAUUUCGAGUCUCCAUCCGGGUUUCCUUAGCUUAAAAUAAAAAAUAGUAGAGAAAUAAAUGGUAAAAAUACACGCCGCCAUCAUAUUGGCGAGGGAGAAUCGCGUCAAAAGAUCGGAGAGGGAGAAAUAAAAAGAAAAUUAUCAAUGAAGAUCGUUGUCUCCUCGCCCAACCUUCUUCCUUCUCCCCAUUUCUAAUAAAACGACAAUUUCCUUCCUUCUCUGUAAAUCUAACAAGCAUGGAGCAUUCAUUUCUCGCUCCUCUCUCUCUCUCUCUCACUCUCUCUCACUCUCUCUCUCUCUCUCUCUCUCUCUCUCUCUCUCCCUCCAAACUAUUAGAAUGCUUAUUUACUUCAUGAGAUCAUUACGGACGUCGAUUCGUGCCGCGAACAUCGCAAAACUCUUUUAAUUUCUCUCAUAUGGCCUCGAGGCGUUCUCUCCGUCGAGUUCUCUCCGCUUUUUCUUUCCACGAUUCACAAAUAUUUUUGUUUUUACAAUUUAUAAACGAGUUGAAUGUAAACGAGCUACUAUGCGAAGAAAGAGAGAAAGAGAAAGGCGGGCAAAUAAGAAGAAACAAGAGAGAAAUAUAUAUAUAUAUAUAUAAAUGUAUAUAAAGAAAGAUGGAAUGGAGAAGAAAGUGAGAUAUUUAGCUCAAAGACGAAUCUUUCUUUUUUUCUUUCGAACGACGGUGAAUAAAAUACGAUAGAAGAUAAGGAAUACGAUUUUUCGAUGAAAAUUGUUGGUGUACAAAAAAACGGAUGAUGAUCGAAUAAAGGUUGCCUCGACAAGCCUCGACAGCGAAAAAAUUAUCUUUGGUCAGAGAGAUCUAUCCCUUUCCUUUGUUUUCUUUCAAAAUUUUCCUCGCUUCUUUCUUAACCGUUUACACGCCGUGUCGACGCGCCGAAUCGAUAAAAAAAAGGAAUACAUUAAAUAUAUACAUAUAUGCGCGUUUAAAUAAUUUUCUUUUUUAAAUAUCGCACUAUAAAAAACAUUAUUAAAUACGAACACAAUUCUCGAAAAUCGUUCGAGAAGAAAUACAUAUCGAAUUUUCCCCGUUUUUCUUCUGUAACAUGCAAAACCGAGAAGAAGAGAAAGAACCGAAAGCGAUUCGCGUCAAAAGUAGCGGCUCUGUAAACGAUUAAUCUCUCUCUCUGCGUUCUCUAAUCAUUCACAGGCAAUCCAUUGUGUACGUAUUUGUGUGUACGCUAUUUGUGUAUACGUGUGUUCGGUCAUUAGGUGAAAGAAAAGAAUAAUUAAUCGAAGGGGAUAAAGAGAAAAGUACGGAAGAAUGCGGUGAAAACGAGGAGAAAAAUAAAAAAGAAGAGAAAGAGAGAGAAAGAGAAUUGUAGAGAUAAAUGAAUCGUCAAAGAAACGUUGAAUACUGUAAUAGAGUAACUCGUCAUUUUCCCUCCGUGGUUUCGUUCGCUCGCGUGCUACGGCAUGACUAAUCAAACGACUUCCUUUUUUUUGUAUUAUAGAUUGAUUUAUAGAAUUUAUCGAAUCUUGAAAAUUUCUUACAGAGAUUGUCACCCCUCAAGAAAUAUUUCGAUAUCCAUUAAAUGAAACAUUGAGGUACGUACAUCUUGAAAAUUAUUUGACAAUUUCUCUAAAAAAUCUUCUCGAAACGAAGAACGUAUAAAGCGAAGAACGAACGAAGAAAACGCUCGGUGGCGCCAUCUCUAAUCCCGUCUACGUCUAAAAGAUCGUUUCUAAAAAACGAUCGACGCUCGCGAGACUCGCCCUUUGAUUAAACUUUUCAAGUGAUAUGUGGGGACGUUGUUGAAAACGCGUCGCUGUUGGUCGAAAAGUCUAAAGAUGUGUAUGUGUGUGUGUGUGUGUGUGUGCUUGUUCGCUGCUUCAAUCGUAAUUAAUUAAUUUCUCUUAAUACCAUCGGAUCCACCUGUCCUCCUCCAUCUCUUUUCCUCUCUCGAUCGCGAAUCGGUCGCUUCACGAGAUUUACAAAAGAAAAAAUUUGUUUCCCUUAAACGAGCGUUUAAAUCUACGAUUGGACAGAUAUCGAAUCGAUUUCGCGUUAACUUCUCGGCCAAUAUGCGAUCGAGAGAAACAUGCGACCGACUCUUUUCCAUAGAAACGCAAUUACUCCGAAUCAUAUAUACGAAUGUACGAUAAUUUUCAGAGCGCGCAUAUACACAAUUACACAAUUAAAGAGACACCGUUAAUUUACAAACGCUACACGUAUAUCUCAGAUGUUUUUUUCUUUUUUUUUUCUUUUUUUUUUUUUUAUCUUUUUGUCGUUUUGCUCUCCCUUCUUGCUCUCUUUCGUGCAAAUAUCGAUAAUACAAUCACGCGCGCUCCACUUCUCUCUCUUUUUUUUUCGUAAAACGUAUAGACGCUUUCGUAUGUACGCGUGCGUACAUACAAAUAUAUAUAUAUAUAUAUAAUAUUCAUAUAUAUAAUAUAUAUCAGCCCUUUUUUUUGUUUCUCAUCUCGAUAAUGCAUAUAUGUGUUAUACAUCUAUUUUAUAUAUAUAUAAUAUGCGAUCACAGACACGUGUAAUUCGCGUGUAUAGAGUUUGCUUAUUUUUUUUUCCAUUCUACUUCAUUUUUUUUUUUCUUUUUGUGCCACACGUUCUCUUUCGUGUAUACCUUAACGACUUAAUAUGGAUUUGAUUUGUUUAAACAGCCUCUCUGUCCUUCUUCUCGCACACUAACGCCGCGCGUGCGUUCUACUAUUUUUUUUUUUUUUCUAACCGUUUUUUGAUGAUCAGAAGGGGCGAACAUAUUUAUCCUUAUUAAAUGUUUCUCUUGUCUUCGCUUUUAUCUUCUUUUCCUACGAGCUCGUCGUUGUGAUAAAACAACGCGAAAGGCAUGAAAAUUCGUUGAUGAAACGCACGCGCGUAAGCGGACAAUCGUUUUGAGUCUUCGUUCUCUUAUUUCUUUUUUUCUUUUUUUUCUUUUUUUUUUAUUUGUUUUGUUUCAAGAUCGUUCGCCCCUUCGCUUGGUCCAUGCCAUUUAUUUCUUUCUUUUACGUCGUUUAAAAAUCGACUCGACUCGCGAACGCUGUACCAUCAUCGUUAUACCAAAAAAGUUGAACGUGCGGCCACAAGUGUACAAGUUUAGCCGCAUGUUUUAAGCUCGUCGAAGACGCCUGGCCUUCGGACACAAAGGGACGAAGAAAUUUUGUUUGAAAAUGUUUGGUACAGCGCACGCGAGACUCACGCGCCUUCUACUAUGUACUUCUUUUCUCCCUCUUUAUCUUCUUUUUCUUCUUCUUCUUCAUCUUCUUCGCUCGAUUUUUCGCUCGAGAAUGAUACAUUGUCGCAAUAUUCCGGGUUGGUGACAGUAGCGCCAUGAUCCAUCGUAAAUAAACACAGCCGAUAGGCAUUGCUUGUCUCUGCGCAUGCGCGCAUCCCGGCGGCCCGCGACAAUUUGAAAUUAACCGCGCCUCGGGGCCGCACAUGCGCUCGCGCGCAGAUCGUCCUACGAUCUAAAGACUUCGUUUUUAUCACCUGUACUUCUCGACACACACGAAUACGACGAAAACGAAGGUACACUUUUUUGUCAUUUUUUUUUUUUUAUAUUAUAUCUUUCUCGUUAUACGAUAGUCAGUGAAAUUAAACGAGGUUAAAACAUAUAUAAUAUGUACAGUGCGAAACGCGGCCAUAGCGCGAAAGACAAACUGUUCCUUUUCCUUUUUUUUCUCUCUUUUUUUCCUUCCAUUUGCAUUCUCACUUCUCCUCGCCGCAUUUCAUCCUCGUCUCUCGCCGGACUGUCUGACCGGAUAAAUCGGACGAAGACGGCGAUGAAACGAGACCCGUUCGACAAUUUGGCCAUUCCCAUAAUUUGAAACACAGUGUACUAAUACAUUUCUUAAUUUAUCCUUACGAUUAAUUGCAGUGCCGUAUCAGCAAAUCGUCUCGAUAUACAAAGUACCGCGAAAGACGGACACCCGAUACUUCUCUCCCUUUCCCCUUUAUCCCAAACUUCAUGCUUCGCCCUCUAAACGCGUUAGUUAGUAAUAAAACAUAGAAAAAGGAAAAUGAAAUAUAGAAAAAGGCGCAUAAAAAAAAAGGAGGAAUCGCGCACAUACUGCAAUAAUCAUCUAUGUCUUCUAUGGUACACGUGUGCGAGUGUUGUAAAACGGAAAGCGGGAAGGUACAUCGUCGAAAAGCGUCUAGAUAUUUCCAACUCUAUCAAAAGGUUGCUAUGGUCGGGGAAGGGGUAAAAGCUUCAACAGAUCUGAAACGAUAUAACGAAACGCGCAAAUAACAAUCUACUACACAAGAUAUCUUCGCGAACAUAGAAAAAUAUGAGUGUCUAUUUACAAAACAAAUGAUAAACCUUUCUCUCUCUCUUUCUCUCUCUCUCUUUCUCUCUCUCUCUUUCUCUCUCUCUCUUUCUCUCUCUCUCUCUCUCUCUUUCUCUCUCUCUCUUUCUCUCUCUCUCUUUCUCUCUCUCUCUCUCUCUCUCCCUUUCUCUCCUCUUCUGUGCUUGUCUGUUCAAUGUUUCGGUUUCUCUUUUUUUCUCCCAGGUAUCCUCUUCUCUCCACCCCAAAUCAGGAGUGUCCAAAAAUUCGAAAAGUAAACCGUACGGAAAAAAAAAAUGCGCAUCCGGAAGUAGAAACGGUUGCGCGCCAAAUACAAUAAGACAGCUCUCGAAUGAUGCGCCUCGAACGAUCCAGAGACGAAACCAUCGAUAGCCUACCACCAUCGACUCAAGGAUGGGUAAUAAUUAUUCUUUCUUUUUUGUCGUGAUCGAUCAACAUUCGUCGGUGUAUGCGACGCAUAUCGCGUCGAAUUUUUCUCCCUUCUUCCACGCGUCCCGCGGUUUCCCUCUCCGUUUCGAUUGCUUCUUCCAGAUUCAGCACUGACUCAUCAAAGAAUUCUCGGUCGUUUAAAGUUACGAGCAAACGGCGGACACCCUGCAACGAUCUUUCACAAUGGACAAUUCGGGUUUGGGCCGUUUUUCCCUCUCUUUCUCUAUACGUGUGUGAGAUGUGUACGUGUAUGUAUGUAUGUAUGUGUGUGUGUGUUUGUUUUAUUACAUACGCGUGUGUACGUGCGAGUACACAUCGUAACGUGAACUCCUCUCUCCUCUUAUGGAUGGAUAAAGAUAAUUAUGUGUAGAUGAUGGAUACGUGUGGUGAAGAUACAUUCUCUUAAUAUACUGAAUGUGAGAAUCGGUGUCUCGUUCGCUCGUUCCUUUCCGUGCAGAAUCCGCAAUGACGACUCGCGAAUAUCCGUGGCGCGAGUUACACGAUAAAAUAAACCGACGACAAACUGACAGACAGCAAGUAGACGAAAGAGCUUAGGCGACGAUGCUUCGCUUAGGUCAUAUAUCGCAUCACG